AUUUUAUUUGUUGGUGCGAGCUGUAUCUAUAUAUACCCAGCUAGUAUCCAGUACUAAGAAUCAUAAAGCUAAGACUAAGAGAGCUAUUUCAUCAUUGAUACAUAGCAAUCAGUCCUUGACUUCUUGUACUACUUGUGAAAUUGCAAAAGCAGCAGUAGCUAGCUAUAGGGGUCGAUUCGAUCGAAGCUAGGUGAAGGAGAUGGCGAAGGGAUUGCUCACGGGCACGGGCUUGAUGCUGGCCCUGCUGCUUCUGGUGUUCUCCGCCGUCGGCGUUGGCACGGCGUCGGCGCAGGCGGCGGGGCUGAAGAAGGGGUUCUACAAGAAGAGCUGCCCGCAGGCGGAGGACAUCGCGCGGAAGGUGGUGUGGGGGCGCGUCGCCGGCAACGGCGAGCUCGCCGCCAAGUUCCUCCGCAUGUUCUUCCACGACUGCUUCGUCAGGGGCUGCGACGCGUCGGUGCUCCUGGACUCGCCGACCAACACGGUGGAGAAGAACGCGCCGCCCAACCUGUCGCUGGCCGGGUUCGACGUGAUCGACGAGGUGAAGGCGGAGCUAGAGCGGGCGUGCCCCGGGGUCGUCUCCUGCGCCGACAUCGUCGCGCUCGCUGCCAGGGACUCCGUCUCGUUCCAGUACAAGAGGAAUCUGUGGGAGGUGGAGACGGGGCGUCGCGACGGCACGGUGUCGAGCGACCAGGAGGCGCUGAACGACAUCCCGGCGCCGACCUCCACCUUCGACGUCCUCCUCUCCAACUUCUCCAGCAAAGGGCUCGGACUCCAGGACCUCGUCGUCCUCUCAGGCGGGCACACGAUCGGCGUCGGGAACUGCAACCUGUUCAGCUCGAGGCUCUUCAACUUCACCGGCAAGAACAACCCCAGCGACAUCGACCCCUCCCUCAACCCCUCCUACGCCAAGUUCCUCCAGGGGCAGUGCCGGCGCAACCUGCAGGACCCGAACGACAACACGACGGUGGUGCCCAUGGACCCCGGCAGCAGCCUCUCCUUCGACAACCACUACUUCGUCAACCUCAAGGCGCACCAGGGCAUGUUCACCUCCGACGCCACGCUGCUCACCAACGGCCGCGCCGCCAACAUCGUCGACAAGCUGCAGGACCCAGGCGUCUUCUUCGACACCUUCAAGAACUCCAUCAAGCGCAUGGGGCAGAUCGGCGUGCUCACCGGCGCCAACGGCCAGAUCAGGAACAAGUGCAACGUCGUCAACUGAUGAUCGAACAUGUCUACACCCUUACAGAUAUAUAGCUCCGUUUUAUAUACAUAAUAUAAAUAUCGAACUCUUAUCUCUAUCUGAAUAUCUGAUGUAUUGUAUUCAUACGGCGAUGCCGUUGCAUCAGUGAUAUAUGCAAUGUGCACUAUAAUAUCUCUAAAUUCCUUCACUCGAUAACAAGGACGUACGGUAAAUAUCAAUUUUAUGAAUAUCAUAUGUGACCUA